AUGUCCGCCGAUGAUUCCACCUUCUUCGAGCGAGAACGUGAACGCCUAGCUAGUGAAAUCACUUCCGGAUUCGAGGAGCUGUUGUCGUCGAGCAACAUCCUGAACCGCAAGCUUGAAGACGUGCUGGAUACUUCUCGCGACUACGAUACUAUCGCACAACUAUGGAGCAGCUUUCGUGAGAUGAUGCCCGGGGCGAGAGCUAGCGAGACUUCCGUGGACGAGGAGACAGCGGGUGUACCGGGCACUGGCGGACAUGUAGUUUCUGCUUCUGCUUCUGGCGCUGGGCCGUCCGCUGCAGCUAAAUCAUGA